ACGACAACAUGGCCGUACCUGGAUAACAUACAGACUUCUGUGUGCAGGUGUAAAAGUCCCGCUGUGGCAAUGAACACUGUAUUACUACAAAAUAUGUGCUUUUUCCAUCGGAUCUGUAUUGCUUGUGUUAGCUCUGAACACUAAAAUGGGAUUUAACCGAACUCCGGGAUAUUAAGACACCGGUAGCAAUAGGGGUAUAUAUAUAUUUAUGUGUGUUGUUUAUGUGUGUUUUGAAUCACGGCUCUCUACACUAACAAUGCUGACUAUUUAUCGUCAAUUUGUGUGAUUUUUUUAAAUUUGGAUUACGGAACCGGGACAAAAUGUCCGAGCUGGAACAAGGUGAAAGCCUGGCCAGGCCCUAUACCGUGGGUACCUUUCAGACCAGACUCAACGAGUUCCAACAUUUUAUUAAGGAAAUCACGUUCCAGGAUGUAGAGGCGACACCUGAAGAAAGGCGACAGAUGAUCACAGAGAGCCUCCGAUUUGACCAGUUCUGUGAUGCUAUCCGUUCGCUGUUCGGAACUGAUGUGAAGAACACGGACUUGAAAGCUAUUUACCGUAAGAUCUCUACCAACCCAGACGCAAAAGUCGACUGGAGCGAGCUGUUCGGAUAUUUCCAGUCGAGCGCCGAAGAGAGCGAGGAAAUCGUUCUAGGGGAAGAAGUUAGCGUUUUCACUGUCUCAAAACGCCGACGGGUCGGCGAGGCGGCCGGUGACAAGACACGACGGGACACUGUGCAAUGUAUCCGAUAUAUACCGUCUCUGGACAGCUACAUCACGGCCUCACAGAAAGGCGCCAUAGCUGUGUGGAGUAGUAAGCUACGACUGGUGAGCUGUAUAGACAUAAAUGAGCCAGCAUGGGUGACAGGGUGUGACUAUCUCCCGGGAAUACGACGGACAGUCACGUGUACAGAACGAAGCAUCCUAAUCUGGGACAGUAGAUCAAAGGGCAAAAAUCAGCAAAUAUACUCAAUAAAACCUUUUGAAAAUUCUCCUCAAUGCAUAACCCACGUGACAAACACUUCCCCUGCGCACGAGGACCUAAUCCUCUUCGGCGACGACCAGGGUUACGUAAACGCUAUGAGACUUGUGGCCAAGGACCUCAAUACCAAGAGUUCUAAGAACGACAAACGGGGCAACAUCAACCUACCACAGAACUACCCGAUCGACCCAGAAAAACUCACACAUCCCAUAGCAAAGAGAAAGCUUCACCACGAUUGGGUACUAAGCAUAAAGUACUUCCCGGAGUUACGAUGUUUUGGUUCCUGCUCUCCCCACAGUCGACAAUCGUUUGUGUUGGAGGAGGUUGAGCGGUUGUAUGAUGAUCAAGAAAUCAGGGGUGUUAACAUACACAAGGGGGUUAACUGCUUCUCGUACUGUGCCAAGGCUAACAUCAUAGCAACCGGAGGAGUGGACAAGGUGAUCAGGGUCUGGCACCCCCACAUCUUCUCACGUCCUACAGGAAAACUGAUGGGACAUUUAUUUACAAUAGUAGAUAUUUGUUGUAAUGAACGAGAUCAGCACCUAAUUAGUCUGUCAACAGCGAGGGUAUUCCGAGUGUGGGAUAUCCACACUUUAACCUGUUUACAGGUAUUCACAGAUAACGAAGAGCGACCAGGAGAGAAGAGGAUAUAUUCGAUGAUAUUUGAUAGUAAACACGAACGAUUAAUAACAGGUUCAAGUGUAAUAGACGCAUGGCCUUUGACCCGAGCUGUUCAGGAUACCAUGCAGGUGCCUCACUCCCAUGACAGACCAAUCAGCCAGAUCGUGCUCAACCUUGACCUCAACCAGGUCAUCACCGUCUGUUCGGAAUCCGUCAUUAAGGUAUGGGAAAUGGAGACUGGAAAGCGAGUGUAUAUGAUAGCGGAUGCACACGGCCCCAAUAUAGAAGUGACGGCCUUGUGUCUGGACAGGUCUGGCUAUAGACUGGCGACUGGUGCUUUUGAUGGUUCUGUGAAGGUGUGGGACUUUGGUUCCGGACAGGAGAUAAAAUGUCGGCCUGGUCGUGUCUCAGACGAGGACUACAGUAUAACAGGGAUGAUGUAUACUCACCUGACUGGGGACAGGGUCAUCCUGGCGGCGGGCUGGAACAACAAGAUCAAACUCAUACUAGAUACAAAUGAGAAUUACGAUCUACCAAUUGUUCGGGAGUUCUCUGACGUAUACUACUGGACACAAGAGAUGAAGCUGACCCCUUCCAAUUCCUCCGCUGAUCCUUUCAAAGCAAGUCCGCUUCCUGAUAUCGGCCAGCCGUCACAUACAUCGUUAGGAUCCAAACGUCACUCGACGAUGUCCGAUAAUAACGCUCAAAUCACAAAUGUGUUCAAAAAAGAUUAUAUUCUGAUGUCACAUGAGGUAACAUGUAUAGAUAGUCUCCUGCCAAAUACCUUACUGACCGGCUGUUCAAACGGCAACAUUGUUCUCUGGGAUAUUGAGAGGUCUAUGAUCGACAAAAUAUUUGAGAUUCCCGCUCCUGACGGAACAACGCCAACUCCUUCACGACAGAAACAAAAACAGAACCAGGAAAGAAAAGUCAACAUGAUCAAAGUGCUCAUUCACAAAGAGAGGAAACUUGAUCCGGCUUACCUAAAGCGUGUUGUAGAAGAUAACGAUGAGAAAAUGGAGACUGGUUCCGUCAUGUCACGGAAAUCCCGAAUGAGUAAAAAGGUGUCGCGGGCGAAUUCCAGGUUAUCUCGAACUUCAAAUGUUCAUCAACAGGGUGAUAUCAAGGUAGACGAAAAAGAACAGAAAGAGCUGAUGGACAAACUAACGGCGAGGAUCGAAGGGACGGAAGAGGACGGUGGAGAUACGACAGACGCAAAAAAAGAAGAAACAGGUGAAGAGGAAAAGAAAGAUCCGGAAAAAGAGGAAGAAGAAGACAACGAAAAGGAAAAAGAAGAGGAAAGGGAUGAGGAUGAGGAGGAAGAAGAAGAGGAUGACAUUGAAAGUCGAUACAUAACGGAAGAGUAUGAUCCCAUCAUCGUCAGCGUUCAUCAAGACUCAUAUAUCCGCUUCUGGACAUUGGCCGGACAAUUGAUACGGGAGGUGUCGGCUAUCACUCGGCGACAGGGGACGCCAGUGACGGCAGUAUGUCACGAUGAAAACUGUAAUAUACUCGUCACAGGAGACCAGAAGGGAUACCUCACGCUGUGGGAUGUUGCAAAGUUUCUGAAGAAUCCCACUUCUACUGACCAGUCGCUAUUAAAGCAAGUGAUUUAUUGGCGAGCUCAUUUGAUGAAAGUGGUGUCCCUUCGAUACGUAAACUCCCUGAAGGCGAUAUUUUCAGGAUCUAUGGACGGAUCCGUAAGGGUGUGGUGGGGCUCAAAGGGGCGUUUUAUUGGCUUCUUCAGUCAGCAUAGAGCCUUCAUCUGGCCAGAGUCUGAGGAGAAGGCAGGGCAGGCUGUACUACCGUACGACAUCACUGAGGCUCCUCUGGCGCCGGUCAAGAACAAAGGUGCUAAACAGACUGUGCGGACAGUGGAGAUGUACGAAUAUCCACUUAUAUUUGACAACAACAGGUGGGAACCUUUUCGUCGUUCCGCGUACAUGAGAGAGAAAGAAAAUACAAUUCCCCAGACAAAGAAGAAUAAUCUUCUGGAGGACAAGAAGUUCUUCACUGCUCUGAUGAAGCCAAGGGGCAGCUUAGACCGAAAGCUUGGAAUCAGGAACUCGAAUGAAAUAGAAGGGGCAUACAACCAUCACCUUGAGAGUUUCACUCCUGGCGACAGAAACCAGGGAGCUAUCUAUCGCGCACUGCCAGUCUAUCGGAUUCGAACACCAAAACGGAUGAAAACCCCCGAGGCCAGUUAUCAUGUUCCAACAGACAAUGAGUCCAACUUUCUCUUCGGUACAAAUAAAGAUGCUGCCCAACCUGCGCCUGUAAACAAGGUGAAAAUGGCACAGCGCCGGAGUACGAUAUUUAAGACUGGGACCAGCACCAGUUUUGCCUUGUCCCGGCAUUCGGAACAAAGUUCUAACGACGCUACAUCGUUACCAAAAAGGCGGUGACACCUUUUGUUGCCGAAUAUAGUUAUACGUUAAACGAACCGAUUGUCUAUUUGGAGGCCUAGUUGUAAGGAACUUAGGAAUCUCCUUUCUCGGGUUAAGAUUCUCCUAUCAUAUCCCCAAAGAGGUGAUGAGGCCUAUUUUUACUUACAUGGUCAUGAUUAUGCGUUUCGUGCUGGGCAACCAAAAUGAUACUCAUGAUAUGACAUAUGACCUGAAUAAGAAUCCAAGUUGUAUAUCUCCUUAAGUCACUUUACUGUAAAACAUGAUAAUUAUGGUCGACGACAACUGGAGUUUAUUGACGAAAUCUGAGUUGUAUUUAGAUUAGAUGCAUAAGUAAACACCACUAUGACCUUUUUGACUGAUAUAAACGCAUGUUAAAAUUGUCAUUGUAUAAUGGGAUUGAUUUUAGAAUGUGUAUAUACAUAAGAUGUUGAUAUACAUAUAUGCAGUGCUUUUUGUGGUUUCUUAUGGAACAAGCAGACGAUGUUUACUUGUUUAAUUAUUGACAUGGUUGUUUCUUUUCCUAGGGAAAUAAAAUGUGUAGUAUGUGUUGGGAACAGGUUCUAAAUAAUAUUCAGGAAAAAAAAUGAUUCAAACCAUUUUUAAUUCAAGGGUUUGACAAUGUAGUUUAUAUCUGCUAAAACGGAAAUUGUUUUAGAGAUGUACUAAGUCGGUAGCGUCGGUGUCCGUUUCCUAGUUCCGUUCUAAGUCUACCUCGAUCUCAGAGCUGUAUAUAUCGCAUAGUACUACUAUAUAUGUAAAAUGCAGCGCCAGAAUUUUCUUCUUGCUCACAAAAAUCUUUGCUUAAAUGCAUAAAGAUAUGUCAAAUAUGUACAUAAAGCACUCUCUACAUAAAUUAUUAUGAUAUGCUUUUUUAUGUAAGUACGGUAUGUCUUUUUUGUAUGUAAGGCGGUUUGUAUAUUUUGAAUGUAAAUAAUUUUAUCUGUUCAUGCACAAGAUAUAUUUAAAGAGAAUAACAAAAUAAUUUAUGUUUACCUAUGCCAUAUCUGGUCCAUGUAUACAUGUAGUUAUAAUUGACAUGUAUAUAUUGAAAAGUGUAGAUAUUUUAUAAUUUAUAAUUUGAUGCAAAAGCAAACUGUGAUAUAUUCAUAACUACGUCGGUGAAAAUUAAAAAUAAAAUGUUUCAUGUCUUCAGUACCAUAAACUGACAACACCCAACAUCUAGCUAGUAAUGACUUCAGUACGAUAAAGUGACAAAGCACACUAUCUAGCUAUUACAUCAGUUCACAACGAUAAACUGACAACACACUACAUAUAAUAUUAGAUUAUUUCUGUACAAUGAAGUGACAACCCUCCACAUCUGCUAUUUAAGGAUUUCUGUACCAUUCACUGACCCAAACAGACCCAGCAAACAAACAAGUCCACUGCUUGGUUUCGUCUCUGUUCUGUUGGGGUCUAAGGUACACAAUUAGCUAUGAGAGGUACAUAUUUAUAUAUAGUAUAUAUUUUCUCUUGAUAUUUAACAAAACUGCCAUUCUAACACCAAGAGCGUUGACUGUUUAAAACCUUAUCAAGUCUAUUAAUUUAUUACAGCUUGCUAGAUUGUUAUCAGUUGCCUCACAUCUUGAUGAUAUUUUUCUUAAGUAUCGAGAAUUCCUCAGGUUUUCCUAAGUGAAGUGUAUACGAAUCAUUGUUUUUAAACUGUCGUUUGGAGGGGUCAUCUUGACUGUCACAGAUCAGGAGCUAUUACAGUGAUAUUCUUUCUAAGAGGCCCAUCCCAAUAUAGAACAGAGAGAAAACCAUAUUAACUAUUGUCAAUAAAGCUACCGGAGUUGUAAAAACAAUCCUAUUUUAAAUAUAUUUUUGUAUUAACUUGUAAGCAUAACUCUUUGUAUAUGCAUGUUAUUUGAUCAUAUGAAAGAACAGCACGUAUUUUUAUUAUUAUUGUUAUUUCUAUAAGAAUGAGAAAUAUUUUAAAUUUUCAUCGGAAGCUUAAUCAACCUAAUAUACAUUUUAUUGUUAUCAAAACCAUCUCAAUAUCGUCUUGACCGUUUCUCUUACUACUUCCAUAGCACGUGACAUGGACUUGUAUUUAAUGUUUUUAUUUUGACAAAGAAAUCAUCUUUCUGUUCCCUUAGAAUGUUACACUAACAUGUCAUGUAUGCCUUUAAUCCAAAACGUUGCAUUCAUUUAAUCAAAAAGCUGUUUUAUCCUGUAGCAUUAUGUUUGACGAUGUAACGUCCAUUUGCUAUUUAAGAAACUUUAAUCUCGUUAAAGAUGACCUGUUUCCUCAGACAGAUAUUGAUCUUUAAUCAUGUAUUCACGGCCCUAUGUAUCGGUCAUUGCAUUGUUAUUCCUGAUUGAAAUAAUACUUUUCAUUGUAAACAAUUUAACAAUUGUUUAUAUGAUUUGAAUGAUAAUGUCAAAAUUGAUACAUCCAUAUGAUGAAUAAAGACAAAACCGUU